AUCCAUCCUGCUCUGUACUCUCUUAUCUCUCUUUCUCCGCCUCUGAUCGAUAUCUGUUGUUAAAUAAUGAGAGAGAUCCUUCACAUUCAGGGUGGACAAUGUGGGAACCAGAUCGGUGCUAAGUUCUGGGAAGUGGUCUGUGAUGAGCACGGUAUUGAUCCGACAGGACGAUACAAUGGAAACUCUGAUCUGCAACUAGAGCGUGUGAAUGUCUAUUACAAUGAGGCUUCGUGUGGGCGAUUUGUCCCGCGUGCUGUGCUCAUGGAUCUGGAACCAGGUACUAUGGAUAGUGUCAGGACUGGUCCCUACGGUCAGAUCUUCAGGCCUGAUAACUUUGUGUUUGGUCAAUCUGGCGCUGGUAACAACUGGGCUAAGGGCCAUUACACUGAGGGAGCUGAGCUCAUUGAUGCUGUUCUUGAUGUUGUGAGAAAGGAGGCAGAGAACUGUGAUUGUCUCCAAGGUUUUCAAGUUUGCCAUUCUCUUGGUGGAGGAACGGGUUCUGGUAUGGGGACUUUGCUGAUUUCUAAGAUCAGAGAAGAAUACCCUGACAGAAUGAUGCUUACUUUCUCUGUCUUCCCAUCACCAAAGGUUUCAGACACAGUGGUUGAGCCUUACAAUGCUACUCUUUCUGUUCAUCAGCUUGUGGAGAAUGCUGAUGAGUGUAUGGUUCUGGAUAAUGAGGCCUUGUAUGAUAUCUGUUUCCGGACUCUAAAGCUAACCACCCCCAGCUUUGGUGAUCUGAAUCAUCUGAUUUCUGCAACCAUGAGUGGUGUUACCUGCUGCCUUAGGUUCCCUGGACAGCUGAACUCUGACCUCCGAAAACUUGCAGUGAAUCUAAUUCCCUUCCCCCGUUUGCACUUCUUUAUGGUUGGAUUUGCUCCUCUCACCUCGCGUGGAUCUCAGCAGUACCGUGCAUUGACUGUCCCUGAACUCACCCAGCAAAUGUGGGAUGCCAAGAACAUGAUGUGUGCUGCUGAUCCACGACAUGGUCGCUACCUCACUGCCUCAGCCAUGUUCAGGGGCAAGAUGAGUACCAAAGAGGUUGAUGAGCAGAUGAUUAAUGUUCAGAACAAGAAUUCUUCUUACUUUGUCGAGUGGAUUCCAAACAAUGUGAAGUCCAGUGUCUGUGAUAUUCCUCCUAGGGGUCUCUCUAUGGCAUCAACCUUCAUUGGUAACUCAACCUCGAUCCAGGAGAUGUUCAGGCGUGUCAGUGAGCAAUUCACAGCCAUGUUCAGGAGAAAAGCUUUCUUGCACUGGUACACUGGAGAGGGAAUGGAUGAAAUGGAAUUCACUGAAGCUGAAAGCAACAUGAAUGACCUUGUAUCUGAAUAUCAGCAGUACCAGGAUGCAACUGCUGAUGAGGAGCUUGAGUAUGAAGAUGAGGAGGAAGGUGUGGCUGAUGACACGUGAGAGGCAUAAAACCCCUCUACCACACCAUGGGAAUGGGAUGUGCUGUUGCCUUCAUAUCCUCCUGCUCUAAAGAAGGCGAGAUUUCAGAAUCUUUUCGAUUGGCUUUUCACAGCCUAGUUGAUGUUGGAAUAUUGCCUUGGUUUUUCUUUCCUUCUUUCUUGUUUUUUUUUUUUUUUUGGGUUUUGCCCUUUUGGAUUAAGCAAUAUUUGUAUUGGAGAUAUGUGAAAAGUAGUAGUAUUUGUAUUACUGUUCAUGUUUGGAUUUAGCUUUGGGUUUCUAUCCGCUUUUCGAUAUUG